GGCGUUUGUUAUUGACAUUUUUACCAAAUUCUGGAGUGAAUUAUAUGAUUUAUUCUUUUUUGCUACAAAUGGUUGAAAGCGUUCUCACAUUAUAUGUUUUGUGGUAGAAACAUACUGUGAUGAUCGUUGUUUAAUUCUACAUUCCAUAAAUUUUGCAGAAUCAACAUCGCAAAUAAAUAUUUUGUAAACAUUUAAAACACGUUCUCGCAGUCUAUUAUGGAGGGCAUUCCUCGGACUCACGAGGAUAUCGAGGCGCAAAUCCGGGAGAUCCAAUCAAAAAAGAAGGAAAUCCCACCAGAGACUAAUGAAAAAGGGGUUAAACUAGGCGAAGGAGGCUACUUCGAUAGCGAGAUCUAUGAAACCGCCGGUAAAGGCAAGUACGAAGGAUAUGUAACGUCCAUCGCUGCAAACGAUGAAGUAGAUGAGGACGAAGAGGAUGUGGGAUUUCCACAGAAGAGAACAGGUCUGGGAGCAUCCGUAGCUUUGCUCAAUGAUGUUGCACAGGCUGGUAAAGACUAUGAUCCAUUUGCUGAUCGUAGAAGACCUACAAUUGCGGAUAGAGAGGAUGAGUACAGACAACAAAGGCGUAGGAUGAUUAUUUCACCUGAAAGGGUGGACCCAUUUGCAGAUGGUGAGUGCUGAAUUUUUUCUAUUAAACAUAUUUAUUUUACUUUUUGUAUUAUACUUAUUGGAAUUUGUUUAUUGUAUGGAUAAUAGAUGCAUUUAUGAUAUGCUCCUAGGAAUCUAUUAUUUUUAUAAGUUUUGUAAUAUAUUCACAUAUAUUUCUGAUCACAAUUAAUAUAAAUAUUUUCUAGUAGUCACACACACUAAUAGGCAUGGUUUUGUUAUAUGUCCAUGCUUAGAGCAAUUGUAUGUUGUAUCACUAGAGUCACUCACUCAAUUGAUUGAUUUAUUGUAUCAGUAGUGGUAACAUUUUUGACUAUUCUUAGCCCAUUUAUUCUAAUGUGCGUGGGUUCCUUGGAUCUUUUUAAUUCACUAGUCAUCCAUGGAAUUCAAUGCUCUUUUGUGGCAGUAUUGUAAUUGUCUAUGUAACUGCUGAAAUUUUCAUUCAUUUUGCUGGAGCUGACAAAUGACUGUAACAGGACGGUUUUAAAAGUUAGUAAGAUAUGUAUGCACGUAAUAGCUUCUCGCGUUUUGAACCUUGUAUUAUGGCGUACUUUCUAUGCCAAGUCGCGUGACUUUGGUGUGCGCUGUUAAUGGAUGUUGGACUAAUUAAGGCAUUCAUGUCAAGCUGACAGUGUGCGCCGACAUCUUUUGACAACAUUGUUGAUCAUAGAGCGCAGCUUGAUCUAGAAUUUGCACGAGUAGUGUCAUACCUAUGAUGGAACAUUUUCAGAUUUAUGAUCUAACCUUUAAAUGUGGAUUUUUUUUUUGUUUUUGUCACAUUUCUAUGAAUGCAUGGUCUCACCUCUCACAAACCAUUAUACUUUAGGGUCAAAAUAAAAAGGAAAUUAUUAUGGUUCAAGAUCAAUUUUUCAUUAUUAUGUCAUAUGAUAGAAAAUUUUCAGAUUGGUUGUACUUACUACCCUUAGACUUGUUCAGACACUGAGCAUUGAAAUUCGCCCAGGCCACAAAAUUUGCCAUUAUGAACAUGCCGACUGGAAGCGGCUCGGAGACGUCUCUUCCACCUUUUCUUGGAGAGGUACUUGUUUCGCUGACGCGUAUGCGUCUGCUCAUCGAUAACCGAAAUUAUCCAUGUUGUGAUGGAGGAAUACAACCCUCAUAUAGUGAAAGUACAUAAACCAGGGUCCAACGGCUGGUACAACAAAUCGUGCUACGCCGCUCGUAAGCAGAAGAUCAAGGCACGCAGAACCUUCUUACAAAACUCUACUGUAGAGUACAGACAAGUCGAGAAACAAAUAUAACGAAGCGGUCUGCAGUGCCAAAGACCAGGACAAUAAAGUUAGGCACAUGGUAAUGUCGCAGAGUAAUGGCGGUUGGUCUUUCUGGGCGCUGGCCAAGCAGAGAGAAUGGAACUUCUCACAGAGUAGCCUUUCAUCACUUUCGUGUCAGGCUGGAAUGAUUGUAACUGACUCAAAUGCUAAGGCGGAAGUGCUUGCCAAGUUAUUUGCUGCAAAUUCUCAACGCCCGAGUGCCGUCGAUUCAAAGGGUUAAGACCGUAAGACGGGUGAUCUUGUCUCUCGACAUCAAUAAACUUCUGGUCCGGACUUGAUUCCUGCCAUUGUAUUGAAAAGGGGUGCAGCGUAGCUUGCUCCAGUUCUUUCGCGUCUCUUCUAGAUAUCUUACAAAUCCGGCACCUUCCCAGAAAUUUACUCAUGUCCAACGCAACCCAAAAAAGGGAUCAAACUACAGGCCUAUAGUUGUGCUUUCUGUUAUAAGUAAGGUGAUGGAGAGGUGCAUAAAUCGCGAGCUUCUGGACUACCUCAAACGUCACGGCUUGAUUAGGAUGGUUUCCGGUACCAGCGAUCUACAGAGUACCUCCUAGCUUAUGUCACGCAAUUGUGUAGUAAACUCAUCCAGUAUUAUGGUGAGGCUCAUGUCAUUGCUCUUGAUGUCACGAAAGCCUUCGAUCAGCUAUGGCACGCUGCAAACUUCCAUCCUAUGGCCUCCCAGAAAAGCUUUGCAGGUGUGUGGCUGAGUUUCUGUCUGGCCGCAAGAUGUCCGUCGUAAUUGACGAGUUCUCUUCUUCAUCCCAAAACGUUCACGCGGGUGUUCCCCAGCGAGUGGUCUUGGCUCCGACACUGUUCCUCUUACACAUCAACAACCUGCUUUCCUGCAUGACCAACCCAAUCCACAGCUUUGAUGAUGACUCUCUACAUGCAGGAAUUCAGAGUGACAAGUCGAUCUCUGUUGAUGAGCUGGAAAAAAGAAGACUAGCAGCGACUUCCUCUCUGAUGAGAGACCUGGAGGAUAUCACUGCUUGGGGACGCAACAUUUUUAUACAGUUUAAUGCUUCCUUGAUUAACAAAAAGCGUCCCAAUGCUCAUCGGGAUUCGAUGGAUGGCCGAGUUCUGCCAAAGAGCCUUUCAUUUUGACUGGUCGGAGUCCAGAUCAUCGAGGACUUGAUCUGGCACGAACACAUCUCGUCAAUAUCGGCAGCUGCUGGGAAAAAGCUAGGCUAUUUGUUUAGAGCUAAGAAGUAGUUUUCUCCACAUGACCUCACUAUACAAGACCCAGAUAAGACCUAGCCUCGAGAAUUGCUCACACGUUUGGGGAGCUGCCAUUUUAUGCUAAAUGCUGCUCAGAGAAGGGCUGUCUGAAUGAUCGAUGAUUCUUCUCUAACAGACAGCCUCGGGACCUUUUCGCACCGGCAGGCCGCCGGCGAUCUAGCUCUGUUGUACCGCAACACCAACGGGCUUUGCUCCUCAGAGCUCUCCUCCAUGAUGCUGCCGCGCGAUAUGUCUGCCAGAAAGACCCGCCUGACUUCGGCCUCCCAUCCUAACCGUGUCGAACUUCGUACAUCUAGAACUAGCCGAUACGACCGCUCCUUUGUCCUGAGGGUGUAGAGAUUGUGGAACAAUCUACAAAAGGGGGCUUUUCCCAGUUAUACUAACCUUAGGCAGUUGAAAAAUCGGAUUAACAAAAUUUCUUUGGGAUCCCCAUAGCAGCUGCGGUGCCCUGGUAUUUAGGCUGCUUAGGUGUAAAAACAAAUAGUUUCAUCUGUAUAGUUAGACCAAGUGGCUGGUGGUGGAAUGCUAGGUUGAACAUAUCUCAUUCCAGUAAGGUUUCUACUGUGCAACCUGGAAUGAUAUAACAAAAUUUUUAAAUAGCUACUCAUUUAACAUCAUCCAUAUCAUUCUGUAUUGAGCCAAUAAUAGUUUUCAAAAAUUAUUUCAGAAUAAAGAAUGUGUACAUUACUACACAUUUUUUUAAGCAAAGUUAGAAAUAAUUUCACCUAUACAAGAUGUGAUAUACCAAAAUAUUGUUUUAGGGAAUAAAAUUUUGAGUGCAAAAUCUAUAUCUUGGAUACUGUAUAUUUUACAUACUCAUAAGUGCAUCUAGACUCCCAUUUUCGCUAUUUCUUGGGGUAUAUGAAUGUAAUGAUGCAAGAGUGAAUCUGAGCGAAUGGUAACAAAAAGACACGUUGUAGUCUUCAUUUUUUUGUAAAAGAGAAAAACUAAUAUAUUAUUUUCUUCUUCGGGAUGACACUUAGGUAUCUAAGAAGUUACUACUGUCUCUGUAAGAUGGAUAUCUGUCGGCAUGUUUUUGGUAAAUAAAUACGAAGCGUGAAAGCGUGUGUGAGAUGGAAACACUAAAAUUAUUAAUUACCCCAGAGUAUUUCUAGGUUCGAUAUGACGCAGAUUUUUUCAUCAAGAAUGAGCCUGCAUUUAAUUCAGAAGGAGCCCAAGAUCACGUACGUAUAUAGAUUUGUUCGCCAUAUUCUCAUGAGCUCUAAAUAAUAAUGGUGGAUGGAAACUAUGAAAUACUUGGUGUAUUUUCUGAUCAUUUUAAGUGCAAUACAAAAUAUAACAGGGAAUGUUGAAAAUCAUGGUCUGUUGACUGACAAGAUUGGGAUUAUCCAGCUCCAAUUCCUAAAAGUCUAAAAAUGUACUGACAUAUAAAGUUGCUCUAAUGAACAUGGAACAACUUAUCCUGUAUUACUUCUCAACCAAAUUAGUAUCUCACUGAGAACCAAACCCUUACUUUCAUCUUGUUUAUAAAAAAAUCUUUCAAGCAUUUAUCCUACCAUACUAUAUACUGUCAGGUUGUAUAUACUUAUGUAGAUAUUUGUAGAUGUCUAUAUCAACCGACCUUGCCUGUUCUGACGCCGGGAAUACACUUGAGCCGAGGCAAGCCGCGCACCGAACGCGGCAGCCUCGGCGCGCCGCGAUGCGCUAGUGUAUAGUGUACGGCGCGCCAACACAGCUGCGAACAUGCUCGGUUUGCCUCAUGCGGUGCACGACCUGAGCCAUGGACUGUCGGUCCAUCAAAGUGAGCACUGUCCGAGACGUGCCUCGUUCGUGUGCAGUGUGUAAGAAAUUUUCGAUCAGCAUUUGCCUCAGGACGAAUAUAAAGUAUAUUUUUGGUUAUUUACAAACUGUGGCACUAACUUCUGCACUUAAAUCUAGGCAUUUUUCAUUGCUCCACUCCGAUCUGAAAGAUAAAUUAUUAAUUUGAUUUUUAUUUCAAUUCCCUCAGUCCUCGCCUGCAAAUUAAAUGAAAUUAAUCAAUCUUACUCAGUUUUCGUCGACAUCUUCUAAUCUUCUACAAGUAAACGAAGUAAUAAAACAAAACGAAGAGGAAAUCAAAAUGAACCGCUCCACUAAAUAAGUAAUCAUCACUGAGUAUGUGCUCCUGUAUGGAUCAGCUGUGAGCAUGCCGCAACUCGCGUCAACACGUUGUUUCGGUGAAUCGCAUUUCGUUUCGCGGCAAAUCACAUCGGGGCGCGCCGAGGCUGCCUCGUUCGGUGCCCGGCUUACCUCGGCUCAAGUGUAUUCCUGGCGUUAGAUCAGUAUCCGUUUGAUGUGCAAAAUUAAAAUCAUAUGUGUCCUAUUACAAUUUGUCGAUACACUUAAAAGUUUUCAUUUAGCAAUACUUUAUGCCUGUGAUGAAAAACCAUUUCAUAGUUUUAUCCAUAAUAUAAGUGAAAACGGUCGUGAAACAAGAAUGAAAGAAUCAAGUUACUUACAUAUGACUUGCCUAGCUAGUAGAGCGGAUCUUUACUGUAAGAAAUAUUCGUUACCCUUGGAUGAUUCAGACUCUUUUUGAAGGAAUCUCUCGUUUAAUUUACACUUCAAUUGAGUAAAAAUAUGAAAUGUUGCCAAAUGAGACCCUCACGAAAAAUGAGAAUAUGACGGAUGCAAAUCGGAAAAGCAGAAACUAAAAACUAACAGUUUUGUAAAAAGAUUGGAACAGAUACUUCAAACAGCCCAUAUGGCUGAAAAUCAAAACAAGAGAUAUCAAAAAUUUGCGCUUCUUUUUUCUAAUGGUAUUGGUAUUUUGGUGGUUUGUUUUGCAGGAGGCAAAACGCCAGAUCUUCAAACGCGGAACUACUCACAGAUUAUGAAAGAGCAGUUGCUGAAAAGUGAAGAAAAUGAGCUACGCAAAAAGUUGAUUGAAAAAGCAAAAGAUGGUACACUGAAGGCGACAAACGGCGACGUCAAGGCAACUCCCAAAAAGCGUGGUAGAUGGGACCAGACAGUGGACGAGGCAGUAGUUCCAGCUAAAAAGAAGACACUCAGUGUGGCCACACCAAGUACAGCAGCCACGCCAGUUUGGGAAGGAGAUAAAACUCCCGCAAACAUUCGCUGGGACGAAACCCCUGGACAUUCUGGCAUGGGUAGCGAGACACCUGGUGCUACCCCAGGUCAAUCUACUAGACAGUGGGACGCCACUCCAGGGGCUGCAACACCUGGAAGAGAAACACCCGGUCAUGCAGGCAGCACUUCUGAGAAAAGUUCCAGAAGGAAUAGGUGGGACGAAACUCCAAAAACAGAUCGUGAAACUCCAGGUCAUUCUAGCGGUUGGGCAGAAACACCUCGCACAGAUCGAACUGCUGGAGGUCCGGAUCUCAUUCAGGAAACACCAACGCCUGGUGCAUCCAAACGGCGAUCCAGAUGGGACGAAACACCCUCGACAGUAGGCGCUGCAGGUGCAGCAACACCUACUCCAGGCGCGAUGACGCCACAACCUGGUGCCACUCCUCAAACGCCACAUGGAGUUGGGGGUACUCCUUCACAUGGCGGAAUAACUCCGAUGCUUACUCCUGGGGGUUCAACACCCGUGGGAGUAAAGGCUAUGGCAAUGGCAACGCCUACGCCAGGCCAUUUGGCAUCCAUGACUCCAGAACAGCUACAAGCUUACAGAUGGGAAAGAGAGAUCGAUGAAAGGAACAGACCAUUAUCUGAUGAAGAGUUAGAUGCAAUGUUUCCACCAGGAUACAAAAUUCUACCACCUCCGGCAGGAUAUAUUCCGAUCAGAACCCCAGCUCGCAAACUGACCGCCACUCCUACGCCACUGGUGGGCAACACCCCUACUGGUUUCUUUAUCCAGACUGAAGACAAGUCGUCCAAAUAUCUUGACGCGCAACCGAAGGGCCAGAACCUGCCCUUCAUGAAGCCAGAAGAUGCGCAGUACUUCGACAAGCUUCUGGUGGAUGUUGACGAGGAAGCACUCAGCCCAGAGGAACAGAAGGAGAGGAAGAUCAUGAAGUUGCUGCUGAAGAUCAAGAACGGCACUCCGCCGAUGAGGAAAGCUGCACUUCGACAGAUCACUGAUAAGGCUAGAGAGUUCGGCGCCGGCCCUCUCUUCAACCAGAUCCUACCUCUGCUGAUGAGUCCCACCUUGGAGGAUCAAGAGCGCCAUCUGUUGGUCAAGGUCAUCGAUCGCAUCCUAUAUAAACUAGACGAUCUCGUUAGACCGUACGUCCACAAGAUCCUGGUCGUAAUCGAACCCUUGCUCAUUGAUGAAGACUACUACGCGCGCGUGGAAGGCAGAGAGAUCAUCUCAAAUCUGGCCAAGGCAGCUGGAUUGGCCACUAUGAUUUCUACAAUGAGGCCCGAUAUUGAUAACAUUGAUGAGUACGUGAGAAACACCACGGCUAGAGCAUUCGCGGUUGUUGCAUCUGCCUUAGGGAUUCCUUCACUACUGCCUUUCUUGAAGGCUGUCUGCAGAUCAAAAAAAUCCUGGCAAGCAAGACACACCGGUAUAAAAAUCGUCCAACAGAUCGCCAUUUUGAUGGGUUGUGCUAUUUUGCCACAUUUGAAAUCUCUCGUAGAAAUUAUAGAACAUGGUCUAGUGGAUGAACAACAAAAGGUCAGGACUAUCACUGCUUUGGGUAUUGCUGCGUUAGCCGAGGCAGCUACACCAUAUGGCAUUGAAAGUUUUGACUCUGUUCUAAAACCAUUAUGGAAAGGUAUCCGUACUCACCGUGGUAAAGGUCUGGCGGCAUUCUUGAAGGCUAUUGGUUACCUCAUUCCCCUUAUGGACGCAGAAUACGCGAACUACUAUACCAGAGAAGUGAUGUUAAUCCUAAUCAGAGAGUUCCAGUCUCCUGAUGAGGAAAUGAAAAAAAUUGUAUUGAAAGUAGUGAAGCAAUGUUGCUCAACAGAUGGUGUGGAAGCGCAGUACAUAAAGGAAGAAAUUUUGCCCCAGUUCUUCAAACAUUUCUGGAACCAUAGAAUGGCUUUGGACAGAAGAAACUAUAGGCAAUUGGUUGAUACUACAGUUGAAAUCGCUAAUAAAGUCGGGGCUUCAGAAAUUAUCAACAGAAUUGUCGAUGAUUUGAAAGAUGAAAACGAACAAUACAGAAAAAUGGUGAUGGAGAGUAUCGAAAAGAUAAUGGGUAACCUCGGUGCGGCAGACAUCGAUUCAAGAUUGGAAGAACAACUAAUUGACGGCAUUUUGUAUGCGUUCCAAGAGCAGACAACAGAAGAUGUGGUGAUGCUCAACGGCUUCGGUACAAUUGUUAAUCAAUUGGGCAAGAGAGUCAAGCCUUAUUUACCACAGAUCUGCGGUACCAUUCUAUGGAGAUUGAACAACAAAUCUGCAAAGGUGAGACAACAAGCUGCAGAUUUGAUUUCCCGCAUAGCGGUAGUGAUGAAAACUUGCCAGGAAGAAAAGCUCAUGGGUCACUUGGGUGUUGUACUUUAUGAAUACUUGGGAGAAGAAUAUCCUGAAGUGCUGGGUUCUAUUCUAGGCGCCUUGAAAGCGAUCGUUAACGUUAUUGGUAUGACCAAAAUGACCCCUCCUAUCAAAGAUCUGCUGCCUAGGUUGACUCCCAUUCUGAAAAAUAGGCAUGAGAAGGUUCAAGAAAACUGUAUUGAUUUGGUUGGUCGUAUCGCCGACCGUGGACCUGAAUACGUGUCUGCCAGGGAAUGGAUGCGAAUAUGCUUUGAGCUUCUGGAGUUGCUGAAAGCACACAAAAAAGCUAUUAGGCGAGCUACCGUCAAUACUUUCGGUUACAUCGCCAAAGCUAUUGGUCCUCACGAUGUCCUCGCUACCCUCCUCAAUAAUCUAAAGGUUCAAGAACGUCAAAACAGAGUAUGCACCACCGUAGCGAUAGCCAUCGUCGCGGAGACUUGCUCUCCAUUCACAGUACUACCAGCUCUGAUGAACGAAUACCGAGUUCCUGAACUCAAUGUGCAGAAUGGCGUGCUGAAAUCCCUUUCUUUCUUGUUUGAGUACAUCGGCGAAAUGGGAAAAGAUUACAUUUACGCUGUUGCACCCUUACUGGAGGACGCCCUUAUGGACAGAGAUCUGGUUCACCGACAGACAGCUUGUGCAGCUAUCAAACAUAUGGCUCUUGGGGUGUAUGGUUUUGGUUGUGAAGACGCUUUGAUCCAUCUUUUGAAUUAUGUAUGGCCGAACGUGUUCGAGACGUCUCCUCACUUAGUACAAGCCUUUAUGGACGCUAUAGAAGGAAUGCGAGUUGCUUUAGGGCCCGUGAAAAUCCUUCAGUAUACUCUUCAGGGUCUGUUCCAUCCAGCGAGGAAAGUGCGAGAUGUCUACUGGAAGAUCUACAAUUCCCUGUACAUCGGCGGUCAAGAUACGUUAGUUGCGGGAUAUCCUCGGAUUGCAAAUGACCCCAAGAAUCAGUAUAUCAGAUAUGAACUAGAUUACGUAUUGUAAAUUGAAACUCGCCUUAGAAUAUUUUUAAUGUAGUUUAAAUAUAUAUAGUCCAAGGAUUGUGCUAGGCGUUUUGACACAAAUCAUAUUUUUUCCAUCGUUCUGGUUUGUUAUUGCAAAGGAAAAAUAUUCAUCUUCAAAAAUCACAUUUUUUCUCCUUUUUUUUAUCUCAUGAACAAUGAAAAUGACCGUCUAUGGGAAAUGGUAGCAAAAACGGUUGUAGGCAAUACCUGAAGCAUGUAGGAUGAGAUUCAUACUUGGCUGACGGCGUAAUCUGCGCUUCUCUCUCGUACACCUUACGACGUCAGUGGUAUUUGGUUUUCAGUGCAGAUCUUCUACUUAGUUAUGAGACUAGCGUCCGCGACAUUCAAUUAGAUUUGAUGCCAUUGUUAAAGGGCAGUUACAUUGAUCAAAGAUACUGUUGAAUUUAGAACUACAAAAUAUGUAUGAUUUGUUAAACUGAGCCGAAAUGGUGUACUGAGGUAGUUAAAGGACAUAGUCUAUUACUCAAUCAUCUAUACUGUUAAAUAUGUUUGGGCUAAAUUAAAUUUUGCAUUGUAUCUUCUUUUUUAAAUGUAAUAAAAUUUGAUAGUGA